CCAUUUUGUUAUUUGAUAUUCGAAAUCUUUUCAAUUUCAAGUCUCAGUUGUAUUGCCGAUAGUCAAGCUAGCACGAAGCGUCGUUUUAUUUUUCUUUACUCAUUUUAAUUUUUAUUACGACUGAAAUUUUCACAUGGAGGUUAAGCGUAGAAAGUUGCAAGGAAACAAUGAAAAUCUCCAUAAAGAAGACCACAGGUUGCGUUCAAAGAAAGGUCAUCCGGGCAGAAAAUACCUUAUGGUCGUUGCCUUGCUGGGAUUUCUCGUUUUGGGCCACAUAGCAAUAGCGUACGAUCUACAGCCAAUUCGUCUGGGUAGUAAGGCAAUUGACACACUGGCUUCAUCCUUCAACCUGCAUAAGCCAUUUUAUGUUGUUGUGAUCGAUGCAGGGUCAACUGGGAGUCGUGCAUUAGCCUUUACUUUCCACGAAUCAAUUCUUGGUGGUAAUUUGGUACUGGACGAUGAAUUGUACACAGAAACCAAACCAGGCCUCAGUGCGUACACAGGGAAUCCCAAAGAUGCUGCAAAGUCCUUAACAGUGUUAUUGGACAAAGUCAAAUCUGUUAUUCCGCGUUCAGAAUGGCAGCAUACUCCUCUCAGCAUGAGAGCCACUGCUGGGUUGAGGCUUCUUCCUGGACACGAAGCUCAAGACAUACUCCAGGAAUGCAGGAAGUUGUUCGAGGACUCUAAUUUCCAAGUUUCGAAGAACUCAAUUUCGAUAAUGGAUGGAAAGGAUGAGGGCAUUUUUUCUUGGUUCACCGUCAAUUUUUUGUUGGAACGGUUCAAUACGCACAAUUCUGGUAAUACGGUCGCUGCUCUGGACCUUGGAGGAGGCUCCACGCAAGUCACUUUCUCUCCCGAUGCCACGCAGGAGAAGCAGUUGGACGGGCAGAUAUAUCACGUAAACAUCUUUAAUCAUAACAUGAGUGUUUACACGCACAGUUACUUGGGUAUGGGCUUAAUGGCUGCCAGAAAAGAGAUCCUGACCCACGGGAUGAACCUGGACAAUGUGAAUCCGAAAGAAAAGAUCGAAGUACGAUCAGAGUGUAUAAACCCUAUCAUAGUUGAUACAAAGUGGAAUUACGGAGGCCGCACUUAUUCAAUCAACGGUCCCGUCAAUGAGAUGCAUAAAUUGGUGAAGACACAAAAUUUUGCCGGCGGGGAAGCUGAUAGGCCAAUCGUUAACUUCUCAGAAUGCUUAAAAAUUGUUGAGAAAUACGUCGGUAGGAUUAAAAAAAAUAAACCUGUGGGUUUGAAGGACCACGAAAUCUUUGCGUUCUCAUACUACUUCGAUCGUGCCACUGAGGUUGGUCUAGUCGAUCCUUUCAAAGGAGGAGUGAUCCAAGUGAGCGCGUUUCUGAAACAGGUGAAAGAUGCCUGCGAUUAUCCAAACACCGAUCAGCCCUUCGUUUGUCUGGAUUUAACAUUCAUUUAUGUUUUGCUUCAUAACGGAUUUGACUUGGAACCUACUACAAAGCUAUAUCUUUAUAAAAGAAUUAAUGGACACGAGCUGAGUUGGGCCCUUGGCGCAGCCUUCAGCAUUAUCCAAAACGGUCUUUAACCCUCCCGAAUUAUAGAUAAACGAAUUACAAAUAUUUUUACACAAUAUUGGAGGAACUGUUAAAAUUUACUAUUUUACUAUAAAAUCAUUUAGCUGGAAACUGUUGAUUUGUUAACAAGUUCAUUGUUCUUAGUGCAACAUUGCCCAUUUGCUCAAUUAUUAAAUGCCAUCUCGUUUAAUUUACGUUAGUUCAAACGUGGUAUUUUCAGCAAUGGAAUAAUUAAAAACGAUUAAUAUAUUCAAAACUUCCUAAUUAGAGAUUCUUAUGAUUCUUAAUUGAACAAUGUUCUUGGUUGUAUAGAAUACAAUACAUAUGUGUGUACAAAUACCGGGAUUAGUCAUAUCUCUUUUGUGAUAGAAAGUAGGAUAAAAUGAUAUUCGUGGAAAACAAAAUCGAAUUAUUUAGGGCCGUUUUGAAACUAUUUUACGUACAAUCAUAAGCAACUCACUCGACGGCAGUAAGUUAAUUUUGAACAGAUUUUGUUCAAAUAUCUUUGCAAAGUAAAGUUCAUGGGGUCAUAUUUUAAAGCUAAGACAAAUACUUUGUUUAUGCCUUACACAAAAAUUCUAAAUCUUAUUUUUUUUAAAUCGAUUCCCGAUCAAAUAUUUUUGAUUCCAAAACAACCAUGUUUUUAAAUGUAGGUAGUUUUCUAUUUAAAGAUUUAUAGGAAGCAAUUGUUUAUUUUUAAAAAGGACUUUAUUUAGUAUAUUCAGAAUUUUCGAUGUUUUUAUAAGAUUUAGAAUGUCGUAACGAAGAAGUACAGUGUUCUCUCGUUAAAUAUACGAAGGCACCUUACGUUAAAUGUACAAAUUUUAUCUCCACUACUAGAGGGAUCCUCCUUAGAGACACUGAAGCGAUUAAUACGACAGCACCGAUGCUCUCGGUCGCCGAAUAAUGUAACACGAUCAGGUGUCGAGUAUCUGCGAGACAAUAUUAAAAAAAGCAACGUUUCUUUAUUUUUCAUUUUCUUAUCGUUACAAUUUUUUUUAACAUAUUCAUGGCAUUUAUGUUAUUAAAAUGAUACGAAACUCGUCAAACCCAAGAUUUACGAAGAACAGACGUAGUCAUUUCGAACGUUCCAAAAUACAUUCUUAUUUUUAUUCUUUUAACUGAAAAUGAAAUUCG